AGACCCGUUCUGAUCCUACAGAACAGACAGACUGACAGAGAGACAGACAGACAGACAGACAGACAGACAGACAGACAGACAGACAGACAGAGAGACAGAUAUACAGAGAGACAGGUUAUAGCUGGAUUGUUUGUUUGGACAUUGUUGGAUAACAUCCUGUUCUCCUGCAAUGGCACCUUGCUCUACCCUCCUCCUCCUCCUCCUCGUCCUCCUCCUCUCACCAUGUACAGCUGCUCGUCCUGCCAGCGACAAGCAGGUUGUGAGGUUAUUUGGAAGCCACCUCCUGUCCCUCAUCAUGGCCCCCCCUCUCUAUGAUGACCUCACAGAGGCCUCGGCCCAGAGCCCCGUCUUUUCCUCCUCUUCUACGAGCGGAUUGGCCGCCAGACCGCAAGAGGUCCGCCGGUUCUUCCUUGACUUACUCAAGAGCAACAGGAAGUUGCGGGGGCGCAACAGGAAGCGUAUGGCGGGCGGAAGAGGCUGUUUUGGAAUGAAGAUGGAUCGUAUCGGCUCUAUCAGCGGGCUGGGCUGCUAGUCACCCUCACUGAGCUACCACCAUGAUGACACUUUCCAUGACAUCCCAUGGUGACGUCACACGUGAUGUCACCUCCAUGACAUCACGUCCACGACGGUACAUCCACGAUGUCACAUCCGCAAUGUCACAUCCAUGUUGGAUCUUUAACAGUCUCUGAACUGUUAACCUCGACCCCUGGCCAAACCGCCAGCAGCACUCUAGAAGUUACAUCGAUGACUUCACACUGUGAUGUGACAUCACACUGUGAUGACACAUCCAUGACGUCAUGUCCCUGAUCUCACACCAUGAAGUGAGAUCACUGACCAAACGUAACGUCCAUGUUGGAUCGUUAACAGUCUCUGUUGACUGUAGCCCUUGACCCCUGGCCACUACGCCAGAAGAACUCUAUUUCAGUGUGUGUGUGUGUGUGUGUGUGUGUGUGUGUGUGUGUGUGUGUGUGUGUGUGUGUGUGUGUGUGAAACAUAAAUAUACGUAAACGUGACAUGCUUGUCAAGCUGUUGAACUUCAGAAAUAAAAGGAUAGGAAGGUGAAGAGUCUUCAAUGAUUGCAUGAGAUCUUUCCACUCUAGAUAUUCUGAUUGAUUAUAGAAACAGUAUACAGAUAGAGGUAAAGGUCAAAGAAAAAGAUAGAUUUGAGAUACCAAUUUAUGGUUUUGGUUAAAGGCCAUUGCAAUUUAAAUUGUAGAUUUGUAGAAACAGUGUUCGCUGUCCUGGCUGGAUGACGUUGCCAAGCAAGACAUUUUAAAUAUUUUAGAAAGACAGUCUUAUAUAUCAGGGUUAAAUAAAGAGAUUGUAUGAAUAAAAUAAAUCGGAUUAAUAGUAUCAUUGAAAUUGAAUCCGAUGAACAAACAGUGACCCUCCAUCAGGAGCAGGGCCCAGUUCAACUGACGAGCCUCUCCAUGAUGUUGUGUAUCCGGCACAUGGAGUCGAAAAAUUAAUAACCCGACUCGUUUAUUCUUUUCACUACAAAAUUCAACUAUAACAACGAAGACUCCUGCUCGGAAUAACUGAAAACUGAAUCGACACAUCAAGUGAGCCGAUCACCGCUUUCCCAUCCCAAAUCAUCCUAAUUAUUACCCUUAUGUAUUAGGCCUACUGCUUAUCAUAUAUAUUCGAU